UCUCACAAGAUUUCUACAAGCAAUCAGAGUGAAAUUUGUACUUUGUGUUGUCAGAUGAACAUAUGAGACACUUUGACUCUUCAGUGCAGUGUGGAGCCUAACAAAGAUCUGUUUUGUGUCCCAGCUGAUCAGCAGGAGGAGAAGAGUCUGACGGAGCAGCAGAGGAACAUUUUCAGCCAUCUGGACUCAGCUGAGUCACUACAGAGGAAACAAUGAGCUCAACAAAGAAGGACCAACAUGGAGCGAGAAGUCAGCGCUCUCAGGAAGCCGACAAACCUCACAGAAGAAAGAGAGAGAAAAAACACAUCUGUGACGAGUGUGGGAAGGGUUUUACUAGGAAGGCUAAACUAAAACAGCAUCAGGUCAUCCACACUGGAGAGAGAUUGUUCAGUUGCAGCGAGUGUGGAAAGUCGUUUUUCUGGAAGACUUGCCUAAAAAGACACCAGGUCAUCCACAGUGGAGUUAAAGCGUACAGCUGUGAUCAGUGUGGCAGAGCUUUUACUCACAGUAGCCACUUACAGAGUCAUCUAGUUACCCACUCUGGAAUUAAGGCAUACAGCUGUGACAAGUGUGGAAAAACUUUCAGCCAGAUAGGGAGCCGAAAUAAACACCUACGCAUUCACACCAUAAAUGAUGUGUACUGCUGUGAUCAGUGUGGCAAACACUUUGCUACAGACGCAAACUUACAACAUCACAUGUUUACCCACACUGGGGAGAGACCAUAUAAAUGUGACCUGUGUGAGAAGACUUUUAAAGCUCCACUUCACCUGAGACGACACCAACAGAUCCACACCAGAAAGAGACUCUACAAGUGCAGUUACUGUGAGAAGCAGAGCAACACAGAUGGAUCCAGUUCUCAACCCUGUCGUCACUGUGGGAAAGAGUUUCGUUGUGACCUUUGUGGAAAAACUUUCAUUCGAAAAGACACCCUAAAAGAACAUCAACGUAGACACACUGGAGACAAAAUGAAAUACUGCAAAGAAUGUGGGGGAAGCUUCACCAGAUUAAGGGACUUAAAACAGCAUGAACUGAUUCACAGUGGGGUUAAAAAGCACCUCUGUGAUCAGUGUGGGGAAUCCUUCACCACUGUAAGUCACCUUAAAACACACAAACGAGUCCACACAGGAGAGAAACCAUACAAGUGCAGACACUGUGACAAAAGUUUCUCACAAUCAGGUAGUCGUAACAAUCAUGAACGUACACACAUGGAAGGAAACUACAGCUGUGACCAGUGUGACAAGAGCUUCAGGAAUCUCAGUUCAUACUCCGAACACAAACGAUCCCACGUUACUAAUAAACUGUUUCACUGUUACCAAUGUGCCCAAACAUUCACCUCAUUGUCUGCACUGUGCAAACAUCAGCGUGAUCACUCAGGGCUGAAAUCACUCCCAUCACAGUGAAUCUGAAGAGACAGAAAGAUCCUCUUCUGGUUUCAGUGUCAGAGUUAAAACCCUUGAGUUCAGGCUCCACAGAGUUCAGAUAGAAUCUCCUGUAAAGAUCUGAUGAGGCAGCUAUGAAUGAAAAUGGUUCCCUAGUUCCAUUUUAAGGUGUCGAAACUGUUCUACUUCAGUGUUCAUGUCGAGUGGUUCGCUUUGCUUCAGCAGUUGGAUGAAAAAAUCUGUUUUCAUGUUAUCAGUGACCUCCUGACCCAGUAUGAACCUUCCAGAUCUCUCAGGUCAUCUGGAUCCGGUUUUUUAUCAGUUCCCAGAAUCAGAACCAGACACGGAGAAGCUUCAUUCAGCUUUUAUGCUCCAUAUAUCUGGAACAAACUCCCAGAAAGCCUCAGAUCAGCUGAAACACUCAGUUUAUUUAAAUCCAGGUUGAAGACUCACCUGUUCUCAGCUUAAUUUGAAUAAAACACCAAAUCCACACUUUUAAGCUUAAAUUUAAAAACCUACAUUUUAACUACUGAUGUUAUCUACUGUUUUUUUUAAUCAAUUUUAAA